CAGUAUCUUCGGUUUUCUUCACAAUCCUCUUCAUUUAUUUUUUAGUCGAUUAAUUUCACCCGCGUAAAACUUGUGUCUGUCUAUUUCUUCUCUUCUUCUUCUAAAAUUCUCAAAUUUCCAGUAAAAAUAAAAAACAAAGCGUGUGUACAUUAAUUGUAAAUAAUAGAUUAGAUCUAGAAGAAGAAAUAAAGUUCCUCAAUCUCAAUCACUGUUUUAUCAAUUUUUUAAUAAUAUAUAAAUCCUUUCUCACUUCACUAAGAAAAUAUUUAUAUAGAACCAGCUCGUUCUCUUUCUCAUCAGAUCUUUCAGGAGGAACAAUGUUCAAACUUAUCAGAUCUCUUUGACGAUUAGGAGUGCUAUUUGAGGAGAGAUUGUUAGUAUUUAAAGAGGAAAAAGGAAGUUAACUAAUUAAGGAAAAAUGGCACUUGGUAAAUAUCAGAGAGUAGAUGGUAGGAAAUCAUCUUCUUACUGUUCGACGGGAGUUGUUAUUGCGUUCGUUGCUCUUUGCUUAGUUGGGGUAUGGAUGAUGACAUCUCCAUCCGUAGUUCCUGAGCGAAAUGAGAUAUCUCAGGAUGGCAAAGUAGAUGUAGGAGAAAUACCAACUGAGACUAAAUCUAGACAAUUUGAAGAUAGUCAAGGAGAUUUACCAGAAGAUGCUAUGAAAGGAGACUCCAACAACAACUCCGAUCAACAGGACGAAGGAAAUUCUGAGGUCCAUGAUAAUCAGAAGGCUUCUCAGCAAACAACUGAAGAAACCACUGAAGAUAACCAGGGAGGCAAGUCUGAGAAGGAUGAUGGAGAUAAAGGUGCGGGUUCCGAUGAGACUUCUAAUGCUCAGACCGAUAAAGGUACGGGUUCGGAUGAGACAUCUAAUGCUCAGACUGAAAGUAAUGGUGGUGGAGAAAAGACAGAAGAGACAGAGUCUAAUGCAGACUCUGGAGAGACACAAACAGAGACUGGGGGACAUGCAGAACCUGUUGAAAACCCAAUUGAGACAAAGAAAGAGGAAAAAGUGAACGAAAAGGUAGAUGAAAAUCAAGAGCAGCAGUCAGAAAACUCCAGCGAUAACAAAAAGGAUAGUUCAGACAGUAGCCAGGGUGCUAAUGAGGUAUUUCCUGAUGUAGCACCGGCAGAAAUUCUGAAUGAGACUACCACACAGAAUGGAUCAUUCUCGACGCAGCGGGCGGAGUCAAAGAAUGAGAAGGAAAAACACCAAUCUACUGAGUCCAAAGAAGAAGAUUCCACUGGAUAUAGCUGGAAGGUGUGUAAUGUCACUGCUGGACCAGACUAUAUUCCUUGCUUGGAUAAUGUGCAAGCUCUAAAGAAACUUAGAAGUACUAGGCAUUACGAACACAGAGAGAGGCACUGUCCUGAAGAGGCCCCCACCUGCCUUGUUGCUCUUCCUGAAGGGUAUAAACGUCCAAUUGAGUGGCCUGUAAGCAGGGACAAGAUAUGGUACCAUAAUGUUCCCCACACCAAGCUUGCAGCAGUAAAGGGUCACCAAAAUUGGGUGAAAGUUACUGGCGAGUACCUUACUUUUCCUGGUGGGGGGACUCAAUUCAAGUAUGGUGCUUCACAUUACAUCGAAUUUCUUCAAGAUGGAGUGCUGGAUAUAGCAUGGGGAAAGCAGAGCCGUGUGAUAUUGGACGUCGGAUGUGGAGUGGCCAGUUUUGGAGGAUAUCUCUUUGACAAAGAUGUGCUAACCAUGUCACUUGCUCCCAAGGAUGAGCAUGAAGCUCAAGUUCAAUUUGCCCUUGAAAGGGGUAUCCCUGCUAUAUCGGCUGUCAUGGGUACCAAGAGACUACCAUUCCCUGGUAACGUCUUUGAUGCCAUUCACUGUGCACGUUGCAGGGUCCCCUGGCACAUUGAAGGUGGCCAACUUCUCUUGGAGCUUAAUCGUAUGUUGAGACCUGGUGGAUACUUUCUGUGGUCAGCUACACCAGUUUACCAAAAGCUUCCAGAAGAUGUUGAAAUCUGGAAUGCCAUGACUGAAUUAACAAAGAAGAUGUGCUGGGAACUGGUUACAAUUAAAGAGGAUAAAGUGGAUCUUGUUGGUGCAGCAAUCUAUAGGAAGCCUUUGACAAACAAAUGCUACGAGAGUAGACAAGAAAAUGACCCUCCUCUCUGCAAGGAAUCUGACGAUCCAAAUGCUGCCUGGAAUGUUUCUCUUCAAGCAUGCAUGCACAAGAUCCCGGUAGACGAAACAGCACGUGGGUCACAUUGGCCAGAGCAAUGGCCAUUGAGGUUGGAAAGACCACCUUACUGGUUGACGAGUACUCAAGUCGGGGUCUACGGCAAAGCAGCACCAGAGGAUUUCACUUCGGAUUAUAAGCACUGGAAACAUGUUGUCACAAAAUCAUACCUUACCGGUAUGGGAAUUAGCUGGUCUAAAGUGAGGAAUGUCAUGGAUAUGCGAUCUAUUUACGGAGGUUUCGCUGCAGCUCUGAAGGACUUGAAUGUUUGGGUCAUGAAUGUGGUUACAAUUGAUUCACCCGACACACUUCCAAUAAUCUACGAACGUGGCUUGUUUGGUAUGUAUCACGACUGGUGUGAAUCGUUUAGCACGUACCCAAGAUCCUAUGAUCUUCUACAUGCUGAUCAUCUUUUCUCCAAGCUUAAGAAGAGGUGCAAUUUAGUGGCAGUGAUGGCAGAAGUAGACAGGAUACUAAGACCAGAAGGGAAACUUAUUGUACGUGACAAUGUGGAGAUCAUCAAUGAGAUAGAGAAAAUGGCGAAGUCUUUGCAUUGGGAGAUCCGCCUUACCUAUAGCAAGGACGCUGAGGGAUUGCUUUGUGUACAGAAGACAAUGUGGCGGCCUAAAGAGAUAGAAACAAUUGCAUCGGCAACUGCUUAAUGACUCUUUUUCUACUAUAGAGUUCUAAUGUCAGCCACUCUGCAUAGCCCCACGGUUAAUUAGGGAUCUUCCAAUAAUUUUGUUGUGUUCUUAUUUAAUUUGAAAUUUGAAAUUUGUAAUAUGUCUCUUUAGUUCCUGUAUUAUUUGUCAUCUUCUAUCCUGUUUCUCCUGAAAGUGAGAGACCAUUAUUUUUGACAUUACGAUGUUCUUGUAACAGUUAUUAUAGAAAAUGAAUGCAUUCAUGAAUUGUACUGAUCAA